ACUCAAGGUGCAGGCAAGGAUUUUAUUUUUAAGUAUUUGAAAAAAGUAGUUUUUUUUUUAACAAUGAAUCACUUUCAUGUGCAAAUUUAGAAUAAUAUGAAUUUACAAACCCUUCUUCAGGAUUUCAACCCAAGCAAAUUUAUAGUACACACUUGCCUACUAAUCUUCACUAUAUUUUUUGCCCUACGUUUGGAUAACUACAUUACUUGGUCAUAUUGGACAGUAUUUUCACCGAUAUGGGUUUGGAAAGCAUUGGUUAUCUCUGGAGCUACCAUUGGAAGUUAUGUCUGGUGGAGGUACCCACAUUUUAGGUUAGAGGGUGAAGCCUAUAUCCACUACAAAUCGAUGCUAAUAUCACUAGCCUUACACUUAAUACUUCUCAUGUUUGAAUUGUUAGUGUGCGAUAAAUUGGAAUCUUUCAGACACUUAUGGAUUUUAGUGUUUAUUCCUUUGAUUUUUAUCAGUAUUGUUAGUAUAGCAGUAUGUAUAUGGGCUGUGAAACAUGAGAGAAGUUUUGAGUUGGAAUUAUUCUGUGCUGUCAACGUUCUACAAUUUAUAUUCUUAGCUUUAAGACUGGAUGGUUUCAUAGGCUGGUCCUGGGAAGUAGUUUUUGUGCCAUUAUGGAUAGUUAUGUGUCUAUCACUUGUAGGAGUCUUGUAUACAAUAAUAUUUGCAGCAAUUUUACUGAGAACGCCAGAGGUUAAUGCACUACAAAGAAGAAGUAGCUUCCAUUCAGCGUUAGGCUAUACAUUUUUAGUUAUCCCCGUUCUAAUUUUCCAAGUAUUAUUAGCCAAUAAACUAGACGAUGAUAUACAAAUGUCUUUUACAGCAGUAGUUAGUCCACUUUUUAUAUCUUUUAUCACAUUAAUACUGAUGUCGUUCAGUGCCAAAGGAUCAAAUAAAUGGUGGUUUGGCAUAAGGAAAGAUUUCUGUUCCUUUCUCUUAGGCGCAUGUCCACUCCUACAAGAGUAUGGCAACAUUGCUUACCAACCAGAAAGAAGACAAACCGGUGUAGAAUUGGAACAACAAAUCGAAAAAGGUUCUAUUAUAAAGAAAGCGGACCUUAUGAAGCCUGUAUUACCAAUCAUUAGCAUUGAGAUGCCAGACUGAAAUUAUUAGCAUUAUUAAGAAAAAAAUCAUUGAAAAUGAGUAUUAAUGUAGGAGGUUUAAAAAAUUGUUACUUAAGUCAGUGCUAAAUGGUACAUUGAGUACUACUGACUGAUACAAUCCAGAAUUUCAAUUAUUAUAUGUAUAUAUUUUUUAGUUUAUUGUUUAAGGAAACUGAAUUGUAAGAUUAAAAGAAUUCAAUAUUUGAAUUUUGUGAUAUCAAUUAUUUACAUACUUUAUUGGUACUU